AUGUGUAAGGUACUCACUUUUCGAUCUAAUAGGCCUGAAAAAUAUAGGCUAUAACUAUUGCAAUACCGGGUGGUUGCUGUUUAUGCGUUGAGCAGUAAUGGAAGGAGACAUUCUGUGCCAACGCCCGCUUGCCUACGAUUUUCUUGAGGCUACACCAUCAAAAGCUCAGUUUGGUUUUAAAAGUCACAACAUUCAAGUUACCUGUUUUCAUGUUUGUGAAUCUCACAUCGUGUUUGGAACUGACAAGGGUUGUGCAUUUCUUCAUAGCAGGAGAAAUGGACACAUGAUGCAACUUCUAUCAGAGGAUAGAAAGGAUUUUGUUAAAACUGUUAGAUUAUUAUCUGGAAUUGAAUGUCAAGUCGCCAUGGGAACAAGUGAUGGUAGAGUGAUUGUGAUUAUAUUUUCAAGCACAGCUGAUGGUGUUGCGAAACAGGUUCGUAAGUUUUUCCUUGGCAAGCUUCACCCAUCCUCAGUAUCAUGCAUGGAAUGGAGCAGCAACGGAAUGAAGUUGUUUUCCGCUGAUGCUUUAGGUUCAAUCUAUUGUACCAAGGUGGACACUGAGGCCAACAGUUGUCAUGCAAGUAGCAUAUAUCAAGAAACCAGUGAAGUCACACAACUGGAGUACCGACACAAAAUCUUACUCAUUUCGACCAUGGAACAUACACUGUUGUACAACACGGAUCAAAAUAUAUUCACUAAUGUCGGUUCGAAGCCAAUUCGAAAGGGGCCAUACGGAGGUUGCUUUAACAUUAACACACUGGUGGAACGCGAGUUGAAAGUAUUUGCAACGCGUCCAAACCUGAGGUUUUGGGUUGCUGAUAAUACUGGUAAAGUCCUCUCCACCGUGAAAAUGAAGGAAAAUCUUCAGCAACAUAAAAAGUUAAUCUCACUUGAAGAAACUUCAGAUGAGGUUCCACAAUCUGUUGAUCAGAGUAAACUACAGUUGGGAAAAGUUCUUCAUGUUGGAAAACAUUGUUUUGUUACUUUUACAGAUUCCACAUUGUGUGUGAUAAACCAUUCAUCAAACGCAAUAGUUGGAUUGAUUUCAAACUGCACAGAAAUUAUGGACGUAGCUACUACGUGUGAUGAAAUAUUUAUUUUGUCCUCAAACAGAAAACUUUAUAGAUUAGCAUGGACACCAGAUCAAGUUUACAUGGGUAGUAAAUCACACAAUGCACAUUCAAGUGCAACAGAAACUUUCAAAAAGGAUAUGAAAGAAUCGUUUGCCGACAUCAGAAGCCAUCUUUCCCCAUAUGUUGACACACUACAGUUAAAGAUGGCAAGCAGUGCUGAGCAAUUGACCAACAAACUACAGUCCCAAGCAAAAACUUUAAAGAAUAAAGUUUCGUUCCUUCCUGUAUCUGACCUUGCUGGAAAGUUGAUAUCCUCGAACCUUGAAUCUGUAAGAAGAGGUAGCAAUGUAUCGGAGGUGGUUGAGCUGUCACGAUGUCUUGAAGAUUCUCCUCCCAAGAUCAAGACAACUGAUGAAGAUGUCGUUCAACUUGUGAUGAGAGAACUUGUGGAUCAAGUUUGUGAACUGAGAGACCAAGAUGAGUUCCUACGCUCACAGGGAAUUGUGACAUCACAAACACAUUCAGUUUACCACGUGGUUGACACUACAGCCGAACAACCUCGAAAAUCUUUCUUUGAUGAAGUGGAGUAUUUUGCCAGCAAAGAAACUGAAGACAUUUUAUUUAGUUCGAAAAUUCGUAAAAAGAAGCAUAGAAAAGGUUCAAUCUUGCAUCCAGUCGAAAUAUCAAAAGUUGAAUGUGAUGUUGUUGGCAAGUCAACUUUAACCAGUGACCUUCAUUCUGUCCAGACAUUAAAAGACAACCGGAAGGAAAGUUUGUUUUUUAAUACGGAGGAAGAUCAUACAAACGAUUCGGAUGAAUUUGAAGUUGCGAUAUUUAACGAUGAGACUCAUCUAGAGCACAAUUCAAGAAAACCAAAAAAGUGUGGAAACGAACACAUUAAGAGUGAAAGCGCAGAAAAACUGUCCCAUAAUGACAUUGACACAGUUGAAAAACCCUCACAGAUUGAUCUAGUUUGUCACAUUGAACGAUCUCUUGAUAUUAAAGCAGAAAAUUCGAAUGAAAUAUUUCCAGAAGAAUUAUUUCUUGAAAAAUGGCAAACUUCGGCAAUUGAGAAUGAUUCUGUUUGCGUUAAAGAUGAUCAAAAUGGUGUAACAUCAUCUCAUGAUCCCACUAACCAAUAUACAGAAAGUCCAAGCCACUCUCAAGAUAUUAUGAAUCACACAUAUGAUCUUAACGACUUUCCUGAUGACAUAGAAUUACAAACAACUCAAAGAAAAACAAGUGAACAUGAUGAAUUCUUUCAAGAGGACCAUACUGAUGAUUUGGAACAAUUUUCACCUAAAACUAAAAAAAGUUUUAAUUUUGAUGAAGUAACAGUUAGUAAACCAAAAGAAGAAAAUGAAUUUGGUUUAAAAAUUGACUCUGACGUUUUAUCUUCCAUCCAAAGUUUAACUGAGAGUUCACAGCCUGAAGAAGAAAGUGAAUGUUUACAAAGUUCAAUAAGUUUUGAUAUUUAUGCCGUCAAGGACGGAGAUCAUGAUUUUCAAAGUGAAGAAGAAGAAUCGGUCCAGGACAACUUUCCAGAAUUAGACGAUGAUGUGAAAAAUACAGUCAGUGAUGAAAUAAUUGGACAAUGUGAUGAGCAGAGUACUCAGUCAGAAAAUCUUCUCUCAAGCGAUGUGGUUCGAACUGCAUCUGCAUCAGAUGUUUGGACAAUACAUGUCACUCCUAAGGACAGCAUAAUUAAACUGGCAGCCUCCAGCUCUGGGGAUACCAUCUGCCAUGUUGCUUACGGCAACAAUGUUUUUGUUGCCAUGGAAACAUUGAAUAAUGAAUAUAGAAUGACGUGGAACAAGUUGGAAAAGUUGGCGACUCAAGUUUCAAUAUCACCAUCUGGUGAUGUAGUAUGGAUAGUAACUACCCAUAGAGAUGUCUAUGCUUCUAAAAUCAACCGAAAGCAGAAUAGUUUUACUGACUGGGAACUUGUGGCAAGCGGCAGCCAUUUUGUUUGUCUCACUGCUACAGAUGGUUGGAUAGCAUCAGGAGAUAAACUGCUUCAUAUUUCUAAUGUCAAUUCUACUCAACCUUGUGGUUUAAAUACACAAGAAAUUGAACUGGAUGGUGAAUUAAAGAUAAGUCAUAUAUCAGUAACCAAUGAAGUUAUAUGGUUGUUAGUAGACGGUUGUAUCUAUUGCAAGUCACUUCAUAUGUUGGAAAAUAAUGAAAUAUGGAGAAAAGUAAACAACCCGCACUCAUUAAAUGGUGAAGACCUGAAAGUUAAAAUGAUCACAUCUGAUUACAACACAACUAUGUGGGGGGUGGAUGAGAUUGGCAACUCCUGGUUCAGGUCAAAGGUCACACAUAGAAAUCCUAAGGGUUGUCACUGGUGGCAGGUUUAUAUGAAUGAAUAUUUGUAUGAUGACCACAGAAGACUUCCGUUUCUUUCAAUUCAAGUCUUACCAAAGAUGCCAUCUAGUAUCAUUGCAGCGGAGAAAUAUGCAUCAGAUGUUAUUACUAACUCAAUAGAUAAGUUAUCAAAUUGGAUUCAUGGUUCUUCACAAGUAAUCACAGUCUGCAUAAGUUUGAGGGCGGUGUGGAUCGCUUCAAGUGAUAAAAAGUUACAUGUCUGCAGAGGACCUGUUACAGGCAACAGAUGGAGUGUUCCUAACAUUCCUGGUAUUGCAUCGUCAACUAAAUGGAAUCAUAUUGUGUCUUCCUCGUAUUUUUCAUCUGACAGUGGCUCUUGGGAGGGUUUGGUAUGGGUUGCCCGUAGCAACGGAGAAAUUAUUUGUUUUCCAUCUUCAACAAAUGAGCAAAACCAUACUAUUGCGAUUGCACCACCUACUGCGGACGAGACAAAUGUGGUGUCAUUGUCCGCUUGCCGCAAUGCAUUGUGGAUGGUUUUAGAUUCCGGCGAGAUUUGGGUAAGAUCGGGAAUUUCAAACGAGUAUCUUGAAGGCAAAUCGUGGGAACGAGUUGAAUACAACAAUCAACUGGAUGUAAAAAUGUUGCACAUAAGUUGUGGGUCGCAGUAUGUGUGGGCGGUUGAUACAAAUGGAGAAGUUUACAUGAGAGUUGGGGUGACAGUGACUGAUGAUCACACCACUAUGACACCUGCAUGGUUAUCGCUUGGUAACUCACCUUUCAAUGCAAGUGGAUCAAAGUUUAUACAGGUGGUCUGUGGACCUUCAGAUAACAAUGUCUGGGCAGUUGAUAACUUGGGAAAAGUGUUUAUAAGAACACAGAUAACUAAUGAAUGUCCAGUAGGGGAGGAUUGGAAAAUUGUUGAAGGGGCUCUGGUAAAGCAGAUUGUGAUAAGCAACCACAGCGUUUGGGCUUUAAAACAAGAUGGUUCACUACUACGUCGCUUUGGAAUAUCCCACAGUGAUUUUUCUGGGGACUAUUGGAAGAAAAUACCUGGCAACUUUUUCGCACUUGCUGUCACACCAUAUGAUGAGCUUUGGGCAAUUGAUCAACAUUUUCGUUUGCGGGGUCAUAUCACUCAAGCCUACAGACCCCCUCUAUUGGAAAUGUUUCACAAUGAUGAAUCUGAGGUCACGAGUGAAAAAGGAUCACAUGAUGAUGAAACAAUCGCCCCAGAUGAUGUUACUUGGGAGUUCAUUUAACCUAGGGCUUCCCAAACAUGUUUUACCCUUUUUAACUUUUAAUUUCUUCAACUCUUCAUGGCUAAUACAUAUGCUGUACUUUCAGUAAAAUUUAUAAACUCUUGGUGACCCCCAAUUUGGGAAACCUGAUAUAAAACUGUUGUUGUUCUGUUUUUAUUUCAGCCUUAUUUUAUGCAAUUGUUUCAUCUGUGCAAUUUUCCUUUGUAGGUGUUGUAUAUUGUAUAACGUCACUGUUUUUUUAAGUUUGUUUUAGAAAUUUAAAGUGAAAGCAUAUG